ACUGCCAUCAGUUCAGUGUCGCAUCGGAUUGAGUCUCUCCAAAGUUUAACCAUCCGUGAAAAUGAAGGUUUUCAUCGCUCUUCUUGUCGCCACCUUGGCUAUCGCCGCCCACGCUUCAUAUGUUCCAGCGGCAUGGCCCGUUAGUUCCCAUGGCUGGAAUUCGUGGAACGGUUGGAAUGGCUGGGACAACAGUUGGGAAGAUCACAGUUCGCACGGUUGGCCAGCUUACGAACACUCCUGGCCAGCGGCUUCCUUGUACGACAACCACGGAUGGAACGGAUGGUACGGCCCCAAAGCCACAUUGGUUCAAGCCAACGUCGCAAAAGUUGCCGCCCCCUGGGGACUCCCGUGGGGUUCGUACGGAUACGGACACAACAAGUACCAGGAGGCUGUUCCGGUCGCCAAGUACAUCGCGGCCAAUCCCGGAGCGGUUCAUGUCGCACCACUGGUUGGACACACCGUCAACCAGAAGCAUAUUGUUGCCUAAGACCCAAAGCCGCCCUUUUGCUUGACUCAAAUUGUGAUAUUGAACUGGAAAUAAAUUCGUUUUAGCACA